CAGUUUGAAUCCCAGAUAUGAGGCUUUGUUCCUGGGCAGGAGCUCCCUGUCUCCUGUCUGUCCUGGUUCUUCUCACCGUCUUCACCCAUGUCCCAGCCGUCCAGGACCAACCCAAGGAGAGACACUACUAUAUUGCUGCCGUUCAGAUAGACUGGAACUACUCAGGCAAUGGACCAGAGAGGUCUGGUCCCACCUAUAAGAAAGUGGUCUUUAGAGAGUAUGAGGAAGAUUUCAGGCAGGCUAAAACUCAUCCCUCCUCCUUGGGUCUGCUGGGACCCACACUUAGAGGCCAAGAGGGCGAGACGAUUGUCGUCACUUUCAGGAACAUGGCAGACAGACCUUACAGCAUCCACCCACACGGGAUUGCUUAUGGGAAACAGUCAGAGGGAGCCCACUACUUUGACAACACAUCGCUUAAAGAGAAGGAGGAUGACGUGGUGCAGCCCAACUGUGAACACACGUACCACUGGGAAGUGACGUCAGAUGUGUCUCCCGGAAUGGAUGAUCCCACCUGCCUCACCCACAUCUACAUGUCCCACGAAAACACUGUCCAGGACUACAACUCGGGUCUAAUCGGCACCUUGCUCAUCUGCAAGCCUGGCAGUCUGGACGAGUUGGGGGAGCAGGUUCAUUUCCACCAAGAGUCUGUUUUCCUCUUUGGUGUUUUUGAUGAGAAAAACAGCUGGUACCAACCAAAAGGCCAUGCCACAGACAACCAUGUCAAAUACACCAUUAAUGGAUACACAAGAGGAUCGCUGCCUGAUGUCAGUCUCUGUGCCCACACCUCUGUGAGUCUGCACCUGAUGGGUAUGAGCUCGGACGCCGAGAUGUUCUCUGUGCAUAUGAACGGGCAGGUGCUGCAGCAUGACGGGCAUAAAGUGUCGUCAGUAGGCCUGGUCAGCGGCAGCACCGCCACAGCUAUCAUGACGGCUAUGUACCCCGGUCGCUGGCUGCUCUCCUCCCAAACCACCAAGCACCUGGAAGCUGGUAUGCACGGGUUUGUGGAUGUGAGAAAGUGUGAAGGAUUCGAGGAACCCAGGCGUAGGAUGACCAUCAAGGAGAGACGCUACAGCAAGCAUUGGACGUUCUUCAUCGCUGCUGAGGAAGUCAUCUGGGACUAUGCACCCAACAUGCCAUCAUACAUUGACGAGGACUACGAGCUCCAGUACCUGAAGCAAGGGCCUAACCGCAUAGGACGGAAGUACAAGAAGGUUGUCUACACUCAGUAUACAAAUGAAUCUUUCACUGUGAGGGCGGAGGAGAAGCAAAGAAAAAAUGAGAUUGGGAUCUUGGGACCGGUGAUCAGAGCGCAAAUCAGGGAUGUUAUCACGAUAGUCUUUAAGAACAUGGCCUCCAGGCCCUACAGCAUUUACCCACACGGACUGACGAUGGAGAAAUCACAAGAGGGCGUGACCUACCCUGAAGGAGGCAACCAGUCUCGCGGAGUUCAGCCAGGGGAGACGCACGUGUAUGAGUGGACGGUGACCGAGGAGGAUGAGCCCCUGGAGGGCGACGCUCGGUGUCUGACUCGAGUGUACCACAGCGCAGUGGAUACACCGCGGGACAUCGCCUCAGGACUGAUAGGACCACUCCUCAUCUGCAAGAGCCAGUCCCUCAAUGUCAGGAAUGUGCAGCUUAAAGCAGACAAGGAGCAGCACGCCAUGUUUUCUGUGUUUGAUGAGAACAAGAGCUGGUACCUGGAUUACAACAUUCGUUCUUACUGUGAUCGAUCCAGAGUCAACCGGGCAGACCAGGAAUUUUACAAAUCCAACGUUAUGCACACAAUUAAUGGGUAUGUGUUUGAGAGUGGUCAGAUCCUGGGCUUCUGCAAUGGUGAAGUCGUAACAUGGCACAUGUCCAGCAUAGGAGCGCAGGACUACAUCCAGACAGCCACGUUCUACGGCCAUACGUUUGAGCUGAAUGACCGUACGGAGGACUUUCUCAGCCUCUACCCCAUGACUGGAGAAACCAUUUCCAUGAAUAUGGAGAACAAAGGUGUCUGGCUCUUGGCUACCCUGAAUUCCCAUGACACAACGAAAGGGAUGCGGCUAAAAUUUAAGGAUUUGGAGUGCAUCCAAGAAUACGAAUACAUCUAUACUGAUAAUGAGGACACAGGGCUAAACAUUUGGAAACCUCCAAGCUUAGACGAUCUCAGGAAGGAGGAGAAGAAGCCGCCAGUAGUAGAAAAUAACAAUAAGCCAGUAGAUCUUUACACAUAUUCAUAUUUAGAUGAAUUAGGACUCAGGUCUUUGAGGAACCAAUCUCAAGACUCAGAUGUGGAAUUGUUGGAUCUCUCUUUCCUCGACUAUGAUGUUGAUGUGCCUGAGGGGAAUAUGACCAUCACUCCCAAAUCUCCCAGUAAUGAGACAAAGAUCGGAAAUGGCACUGACACUCCAAAGCCACAAUCAAAUCCAUUGUCAGAUUGGCAAGAUGAAGACAGGCUAAACUUUACAGCAAAAAAAAUGUUGAAUCAAAGCAUACAGAACAGUAGUGGAUCAGAUUUUCUCAAUUCCUCUGUGCCUAAAAUGGACAACACAACGGUUUACACCAUCCAUGUAAUACAAAAGGAUAAUAAUGCCACAACAAAUAGCAGUUCUCCCUCAAAUCUUGAUGACAUCCCUGUGCCUGAGACAGAGGGCAUAACAGUUCAUAAUGCGACUCUGUCAUUAAUGGGGAAAAACUUAACUACAAAGGCCAAUCUUACUGUAACAAUUCCAGGAAAUGUCAGUACCAUCUUGGAGGCUGAUAGAAUGAAUCUAACCCAGACGGUUGUAAGCCAGACUUCAGUGAACACAAUCCAGGCUGAGGACUCAGAGGAGAAAAUCACCAGAGGAGAUGUGUUCUCCUACUCUGACCCUCCUUUAAGUCCCAGCUCCAAUUCCAUAGAGGAAAUAGUGCUUCUAGAAAAAUGGGCCAACUCCAAUCCUGGACCUGAGAUACAGGAGGACCUAUCGUCCAGUCACCAUGGCACUUUAGACGGCAAUGUAUCCAUCGCCAAUCUGUCACACAGUGAGAACAAGACCACUGUGAAUAACACCUCAGCAAACCAUUUAAAUGUGUCAAAAGAUGAAUCAAACCUAAACAUAUCUAGAUCCAAUACUUCAGAGGAGAUGGCAACUCAAAGUGGGGUGAACGUUACAGCUCUUCUUGACCAGUUCAACCACACAUCCUCAGUUGAGAGCUCCGGCUACGGCUCCAGCAGCUAUGAGGACAGCAUGGAGGAAGUGGUCAUCUACCUAAAGGACAACCACACAGAGGUGAUUAAAACCACCUCUCUCAACCCACAGGGACACAACUGGACUUAUGAGGGAACACACCAAACGGUUCCCAUGGGAAUUCCCGACCACAUGACAAAGUACUUGGGGAAGAAGACUCCUGCAAAGACACCAACUGUGACAAAGAAACCGAAUAUCAGGAAGGUAAAGCGCCGACAGAGACCCAAGAAAGGCCAAGGCAUGAGAACUAAGAAGAGGAUGGAAUACAAGCCCAAGCCCAAGAGUGGUUUACCUUUUUCUCCACGUGGAUUCAAUCCAGGCUUUUCCCCCCGAGGGUCUCGACCCAUGUCCCUUGCACCACAGCCCAUCUCUGAUGAGGAGGACCUGAUAAACAAACCUGUGGUCAUCGGUGUGCCCCGGCCCGACUUCAGCGACUAUGAGCUCUAUGUUCCUGGGAAUGAACCAGAUCAUCUAGGGCUGGAUGCUCCAGAGCCGGAUGUUACACAGGAUGAGUAUGAGUAUGUGAUGUACAAAGACCCUUACAGCAGCCAAGAAGACGUCAAAAGCUUCACACCGGAUGAAACCACCAAGCACUACUUGAAAAUGGCAGGCCAGAAUUUCAGGACAUACUUCAUCUCUGCAGAGGAAGUGGAGUGGGACUAUGCUGGCUAUGGACAGAAGAGGCAGGAAAAGUCAUUACAAAGCCGGCGAGAAACAAAGUUCACCAAGGUCAUUUUCCGAGGCUACCUGGACAGCACAUUCAGCGUGCCAGACAUCCGUGGGGAGGUAGAGGAACAUCUAGGCAUCCUGGGGCCGCUUAUCAAGGCUGAGGUUGGACAGAGCAUCAUGGUGGUGUUCAGGAACAAUGCCAACCGUCCAUUCUCCUUGCACCCUAAAGGGGUUUCCUACACCAAGCUUGCAGAGGGGCUGGCCUAUGAGGACGACUCCAAGUACUGGUAUAAAUAUGAUGAUGAAGUUAAACCCAACACCUCCUUCACAUAUUUAUGGAAGGUCAAUGCUAAGGUGGGGCCAGCAGCUGGCGAGUCUGACUGUCGGACUUGGGCCUACUAUUCUGGUGUCAAUCCUGAGAGGGAUAUCCACACAGGUUUGAUUGGGCCUUUGCUAGUGUGUCGAAAAGGCACCAUGAACAAUAAGCAGACAGACAUGAGGGAGUUCACACUGCUCUUCAUGACCUUUGAUGAGAGUCAGAGCUGGUACUACGAGAAGAAUCGUGAGAGGAUGGAGAGAAAAAACCGACGGACUGUGAUAGAUCCCAACUUCAAAGAGAACCUCAAGUUCCACUCCAUCAAUGGGAUUGUAUACAGCCUGAAGGGCCUGAGGAUGUACACCAACCAGCUAGUUCGCUGGCAUUUGAUCAACAUGGGCUCUCCUCAAGACUUUCAGAGUGUCCACUUCCACGGACAGACGUUCCUCUACAAGCAUACCAAGAGCUACAGACAGGCCGUGCACCCACUGCUGCCUGGGGGCUUUGCAACCUUGGAGAUGUUGCCAUCCAAGCCUGGCCUUUGGCAGCUGGAGACAGAAGUCAGUCUCAACCAACAGAGGGGCAUGCAGACCCUUUUCCUGGCUUUAGAUAAUGAGUGCUACCAUCCUCUGGGUCUAGAGUCAGGGAGUGUGAAAGACAGCCAAAUAACAGCAAGCAGUACAAGAGGAUACUGGGAGCCCCGUCUUGCCAGACUGAAUAACCAUGGUAAAUACAAUGCAUGGAGCACAGAUCAGAGCAACAGCUGGAUUCAGGUGGACUUCCUACGGCCUGUGGUGAUCAGCCAGGUGGCCACCCAGGGAGCCAAGCAGAUGUUCCAGUCCCAGUUUGUGGUCAACUACACGAUCUCCUACAGCAAUGAUCGCAGGAGGUGGAUCUUCUAUAAGGGUGACAGCAGGCAAUUCAGGAAGAUGUUCAGUGGGAACCAGGAAGCCUAUGUGACAAAGACGAACACCUUCUUUCCUCCUCUUAUUGGACGGUUCAUUCGACUCCAUCCGGUCGACUGGUACAAUCAGGCCACAGUCCGCAUGGAGUUUUACGGCUGUGAGCUUGACGGUUGCUCAGUGCCUCUUGGCAUGGAGAGCGGGCUGAUAAAGGACCAUCAUAUCACCAGCAGCUCCACGGCCCCCAGCUGGUUCCACGGACCCUGGAGACCCUCCCUGGCACGCCUCAACAAACAGGGCGCCGUCAACGCAUGGCAGGCUAAUUAUAAUGACAUGUAUCAGUGGCUUCAGGUGGAACUGCCCCAGGUCAAGAAGAUCACAGGCAUUAUUACGCAAGGAGCAAAGUCCAUGGGCAAAGAGAUGUAUGUCAUCUCCUAUGAACUACAAUACAGCGAUGAUGGGAUAAACUGGACCACAUAUACUGACGAUGAGGACUACACAUCCAAGACUUUUAAAGGCAACACAGAUAACAACAGCCACAUGAAGAAUUACAUCUACCCUCCUAUAUUUUCUCGUUUCAUCCGAAUCAUCCCCAAGAGCUGGAAGAGCACCAUCACCAUGAGAAUAGAGUUGCUGGGCUGUGACUUUGAGUGAUGCACUUUGAUGGAAACAUGCGUGCACACACACACACACACACAUACACAGUUGCACAGCCUGGUAGCCUUUAACCUUUCCUUGAAGGAUACUAAAUAUACUACACGGGAGCCUUUGCGUGCAGUCAGAGACAAACAGACACAUACAUUGCAUCAAAUAUCCACUUUGCAUGGUUGGGACAUUUGUUAAAGUCAUCAUGCAGCUUGUGAAACGUGCAACAUCCAUAGAAAACCCAACUGCUAAAAAAAUUAGAAUUCAUGCCACUGGAGAAUUCAAGUUACAUUCUAGGAAUGGAUAUUGCAAGCCGAUCGGAUACCCAGACAGUGUUACUACCUCUUACAUACAUAGGGGAGCAUAAAUCAGUACAACAUGAAGAGUUUCAUUACAAAAACAGAUACCAGCCAGUUUCAAAUGAUUACUUUUAUAAAAUGAUUUUUGGCAUGAAAGUAAAGAAACUCACUGCUAACUUUUCAAGUUAUUAGUUAUCCCAAGAUCUUUGAUGAUAGAAUUAACUGUGCUUUUCAGGCUCCAGUGUUUCAAAAAAGAAUGUAUGGCUUUUUGUAAUGAAACCCUUUAUAUAUUGGCAAGUGCACACUUUUGUAUCUUAUAUUUUCUAUUGCAA